UGUAUGUUUUCAGUUUAUACGAAUCUAAAAGCAGCGACCUCAUCCCUCCACCCUCGCCGUAACAGCACAGACAAGCCCUAGGGUUUUAGCACUGCUCGAGCGCGCGGCCGGCGACGCAGACCCGCAGACACACUUUCCGGCCAUGUCGGCGGCGGCAGCAGCUGCGGACACGUACUCCCCGGCCGCGGAGGCUGGGAGCAAGCGCCGGGAGAGGAGGGAGGAGCUGCGGCGCCACCUCGCCGAGGACGCCGAUUGGCCCCGCGCCGACGGCCGCUCCUUGCACGACUGCCGCCCCGCAUUUAUGCAAACAGGGCCAACUACUGCUGCAUCAGGGUCUGCUUACGCAGAAUUUGGGAAGACAAAGGUCAUUGUGUCAGUGUUUGGCCCAAGGGAGAGCAAGAAAGCAAUGCUGUACAGUGACACUGGUAGGCUCAAUUGCAGUGUGAGCUAUACGACUUUUGCUACUGGUAUACGUGGACAGGGGUUGGAAAACAAAGAGUACUCUGGAAUGCUUCACAAAGCCCUGGAAGGCGCAGUAAUGCUACAUACUUUUCCGAAGACAACUGUUGAUGUUUUUGCGUUGGUUCUUGAGUCUGGUGGCAGCGAUCUUCCCAUUAUUAUAUCUUGUGCUAGUCUUGCAUUGGCAGAUGCUGGGAUCAUGAUGUAUGACCUUGUUACAUCAGUAUCUGUGUCCUGUUUAGGGAAGAAUGUCAUCAUCGAUCCAACCUCAGACGAGGAGGCAUGGCAAGACGGAGGCCUUAUGGUGUCUUACAUGCCGGCCCGCAAGGAGAUCACACAACUUACGCUGACUGGGGAGUGGACUGAUGGCAAAAUCACCAAUGCGGUAGAGCUCUGUAUGGAUGCUUGCAGCAAGCUCUGCGAGAUAUUGCGGGAGCGCUUGAAAGACCCCGCGAGCUUGGCGAGCGAAUGACAUUUGAGCAGACACAUGUUUUCAGAUUCGCAACAGAUAUCCUUAGCUGUAGAGGUUUUGUAGGGAAGGAGGACAGGGCUGAUGUUUGGAGGAGCACAAUUUACAUGGCUGUGGUGAUUGUUUCUUUUGGCAAAAGAGCGAAUUGUUUAGCCGAGAGAAAAUCUUGUAGGUGUGCUAGUCAUGUCUUUUAGUAUGCAUUUGGAACCUGAGACUUUUCGGAACUUUGUAUCAUUCAAUGGAUUUAGGGAUGCAAAUUUGGAACCUAUAGGGUAUCCUCCAACCCUACUUAGUUCAACCAAAUGAACUAAGUUUUCAGAAAUGGGGUAAAUUCUGAAAAUUUAGCUCAUUUAGUUGAACUAGGUAGGGUCGGAGGUUACCCUUUAGGUUCCAAAUUUGCAUCCCUAUAUGGAUUGUUUAUGAUGUCAAAGCUAUUGCCCUGUAUUUUGGGCUGACAGCCUGGGACUGGGAUCCUAAAAAAUUUGUGCUGCUGCUAUGUAUCUCAUCUCGUUGUUGUUUCGGCUGGUACGAGCAGCUUGUUUUUACCACUUUCAACAAGCUAAUGCCUCUAAAGUUUUGUGUUUA